CUUGUCUGUGAGUCACAUGACCAUGACAUUAAAGCGGAAAUGACAGUUAGCUCUUCACAGUCUCACGGCAGAUAAAAGGGCUGUGAUGUGAUAUGAUGUGAUGAUGGCAGCUGCCAGUGUGUCUCAGUUUGCCAACGUUCAAGCCACAGAAAAGUCACAGUUGACCUUGAAAGUGCUGUCUGCUAAGCCUCAGUCUCCUAAACUCCCCAGUCGUCAGUCUCGUCUGAGUUCAUUUGUGGAAGUGACCGCCGACGGCCUGACCAGUGAAACGAAGAAAACAGGCAAACGCACUGGACACCUUGAGCUGCAGUGGAAUGAAGACCUCACACUGAACGUGACCCCUCAGAGUCGUUUGGAUCUGAAGUUGUGGAGUUGUCACACUUUGAGGAAGGAACUUUUGGGCAGCGCUACCAUUGACUUACUGGACACUCUACGAACACAUGAUGGCAAGAUGGAGAAUGUUCAGCUCAGUCUGGUUCUACAGACAGAGAACAAAGGCUCGGUUGUAGCAGGAGGUGAGCUCAACGUCUGUCUGGACGGCCUGGUUGUUGAUCUAGGAUCUCUGCCCAAUGGCAACGCUGCCCCAGACAAGGUAGUUCACUCGAGCAGGUCUAAUAUGCACAGAGCUCAUAGUGAGGAGAGCCCCAGUACCAGCAGCCCCCGUGGACGAAGUUUACGUCAUUCAUCUGGAGGUUCUUGUGGAGAUUCUCCAGCUGACAUCAGAGGAGCCGUUCUCACUAAUGGGGAACUGAAUGGAGAACCUGCAGAAUCCACAUGCCGCCGCAACUCAAAGACGGCUAUCAACAGCCUGAGCAAUGCUGGUAAAGGUGAGACGCCUACUAAUGGGAUAGAGGGCGGUCAUCUGUCACGUCCAGAUCUGUCUUCACCAUCACUGAGUUCAGACCCCCCUGCUGGGACGGAUAGUUCUGCCCUGCCGCCAGCCACAGACACACCAUCCACCACUGACCCGACCGGUGUAGCCACAGAGACUCAAGCCACUGAUGCAUUGCCUGCUGGUUGGGAACAGCGAAUUCUUCCUCAUGGACGAGUCUAUUAUGUGGAUCAUAACACAAAGACCACCACAUGGGAGAGACCCCUCCCACCAGGCUGGGAGAAGCGUGUGGACCAGCGUGGAAGGUUUUACUAUGUGGAUCACAACACCAGAACCACAACAUGGCAGCGGCCCACAGCAGAGUCCGUACGCAACUAUGAGCAGUGGCAGUCUCAGCGCAGUCAGCUGCAGGGAGCCAUGCAGCAGUUCAACCAGAGAUACCUCUACCAGCCAUCUGGAGGUCCCGUGGAGAAUGACCCACUCGGUGCUCUUCCUCCAGGCUGGGAGAAACGUCAGGACAAUGGAAGAGUGUACUAUGUCAAUCACAACACCCGAACUACGCAGUGGGAGGACCCUCGAACCCAAGGGAUGAUCCAGGAGCCGCCCCUGCCGCCCGGCUGGGAGAUGAAGUACACUGCAGAGGGGGUGCGAUACUUUGUGGACCACAAUUCUCGCACCACCACCUUUAAAGACCCUCGACCAGGCUUUGAGUCAGGUUCGAGGCAGGGUGGGUCUCCGGGCGCAUACGACCGCAGCUUCAGGUGGAAAUAUCACCAGUUCCGCUUCUUGUGUCAUUCCAACGCGCUGCCCAGUCAUGUGAAGAUCUCCGUAUCUCGACAGACUCUGUUUGAGGACUCAUUUCAACAGAUCAUGAAUAUGAAGCCGUAUGACCUCCGUCGGAGGCUCUACAUCAUCAUGAGAGGAGAGGAGGGACUGGAUUACGGAGGAAUAGCCAGGGAGUGGUUUUUCUUGCUGUCUCACGAGGUGUUGAACCCCAUGUACUGUCUGUUUGAGUAUGCUGGUAAAAACAACUACUGUCUGCAGAUAAACCCUGCGUCUUCCAUCAACCCCGACCACCUCACUUACUUCCGCUUCAUCGGACGCUUCAUUGCCAUGGCACUGUAUCAUGGAAAGUUCAUCGACACUGGCUUCACUCUACCUUUCUACAAGCGCAUGCUUAACAAGAAACCCACCCUGAAAGACCUGGAGUCCAUCGACCCUGAGUUUUACAACUCCAUCAUGUGGGUCAAAGAGAAUGAUUUGGAGGAGUGUGGCGUGGAGCUGUACUUCGCUCAGGACAUGGAGAUUUUGGGCAAGGUGACGACACACCAGCUGAAGAACGAUGGAGAAAAUGAACUCGUCACUCAGGACAACAAGGAGGAGUAUAUUGGUCUGCUUACUGACUGGCGGUUCACACGUGGGGUGGAGGAACAAACAAAAGCCUUCCUGGAUGGCUUCAAUGAGGUCGUGCCUCUGGAGUGGUUGCGUUAUUUUGAUGAGAAAGAGUUGGAGCUGAUGUUGUGCGGGAUGCAGGAAAUCGAUCUGAAUGACUGGCAGAAGAACACCAUCUAUCGGCAUUACACCAAAAACAGCAAGCAAAUUCACUGGUUCUGGCAGGUUGUAAAGGAAAUGGACAAUGAAAAGAGAAUUCGCCUUCUGCAGUUCGUCACAGGAACUUGUCGACUGCCGGUUGGAGGGUUUGCAGAACUGAUAGGAAGUAACGGGCCACAGAAAUUUUGCAUAGACAAAGUGGGGAAGGAAACAUGGCUGCCUAGAAGUCACACUUGCUUUAAUCGUCUGGAUCUGCCACCCUAUAAGAACAUGGAGCAGCUCCGAGAAAAACUUCUGUUCGCCAUCGAGGAAACUGAGGGAUUCGGACAAGAGUGACGAGACUCAUUAAAUCUCAGCAUGGAAAGGACUGGAGCAAGAAAAUUAUUAACCAGUUUCUUGUGACUAGGCCAUUAAUACCACUAAUGUGGACAAACUGUUGAAGAGACUGGCAGCAGAUUUACACUUCAAUUACUAGUUAACCUAAAAAUGAAAACUCACCCUCACACUGUUCCAAACUGAUGUACUGUUAUAGAAUAAUUAUGAGGAAUGCUCACUAUGAACUGAAAAAGAGCUGUGGGACGAUUCUUCAAACUUCACCUUUUGUGUUCCACAGAACAAAUAACAGGUUUGGAAAGACAUGAGGAUGAGUAAAACAUCAGUUUUGGGUUUAACUAUUCCUUUAAACAGCAGAGCAGAAACAAUGAUGGACCAGCAGCACAUAAAUGAUUUAUGCGAAUGUGAUAUUUCAUUUGGCCACUUCUUGGAAUCAUAACUUCACAUUACAUUUUUAUGCAGAGAAAGCAAUGCAAAUUAUGACACAGUUCACUGCAUUAUUUCAUUAACAAGAUUUUUAAAUGAAUUCCCUGAUUUGUCUAAAUCAAAAUGUGAUCAAUCCUGAUUUUCCAGCGUGAGGUGAAAUUCUGAACCGCCUUCCUUAUAAUGCAGCAUUCAACACAGAAAUAUUACUACUAAUAAUAAAAUAAACAGCAGCAAAUGUCACGGACCGCAUAGCUGGAGCGUGUGUGUGUCAUAUCAGUGUAUAUGGACUAGAGGACCACUGAGAUGGAAAAUAAUUGUUUUAAAGAGAUUGAACAGACAUGACUUCAUUAUUUUGUGACAUGCCAUGCUACACUGUACAUAGUUGAAAUAAAAUCCAGUUAUGGACUGUGAAAAUGUG